ACGGUUCAGUCCUGGUUGUAUGGAUCGCCUAGUCGUUAAUAUGCGGUGCGUGCUGUUGUCACAGUCUGACGCAGCAGGAUCGCCAGCACUUCGAUGCUCCACCCUGCCAAAAUUCACCUGUUGUAUCACCUGUAGCCUUGCGGCACUUCAAGACUGGAGGCACUGGAAGCGAGACGUAGCAUGGGAGGUGUCUACUCAAGUGAGAGGAUAUCUGGUGUUUUCUCCUACGAGAGCUCAGAGGUCGACUGGUGUGAAGACAACUACAAACAUUCCGAACAUGUGGUGGAGUCAUUUAACACUAUGAGCAGCUGCAUUUUCUUCAUUGUAUCUCCCAUCAUGCUCUACCUUCUUCACCCUUACGCCAAAGAGAGAAAUUUGGCAAUUCACCUAGUCUGGGUCAUGAUGUUAUUUGUAGGUAUCUUCUCAGCCUACUUCCACAUGACUCUCAGUUUUGUUGGCCAGAUGCUGGAUGAGUUGUCAAUCUUGUGGGCUUUGGCAGUGGGAUACGCCAUAUGGUUCCCACGCAAGCUGUUCCCUUCUUUUAUUACGGACAGGUCCACCUUCUCGAGGCUUAUCCUGGUGGUUACUGUCAUCACUUCAGUGUCUUCCUUUGUUAAGCCUACUGUCAAUGCCUAUGCUCUCAACUGCUUUGGCCUGCACAUGCUCUACAUUCUGGCUAUUGAGUUGAGAUGUUGCACUGACCAAAAGGUUUUGAGGCUGGCAAAAUUUUCAGUGGCUUUGUGGACAUUGGCUAUCUCCUGUUGGAUUAGUGAUCGCUGGUGCUGUGGAUUUUGGCAAAGGCUAAACUUCUGCUACUUGCAUGGUAUCUGGCAUAUUUUGAUCGUAAUAGCUGUGGCAUAUGGGAGCACACUUAUAGCCUACCUGGAUGCCAACUACGAGAUCCCUUACUCUCUGCCCGGACUGCAAUACUGGCCCUGUGAUAAAUGGGGACUUGGAAUACCUCACAUUGUCCUGAAGGGCACAACCAAGACACUUAAACGGUGCUAAUGACUGCAUUUUUCUACUUACACUGUAGUUACUGGGGGAAAAAACAUUUAAAAAAUAUACAUACACUACAUGUGUGAUCUCACUAUACUAUAUUCCAAGUACCGUGCAGAUGAUAUGUAUGUAUCAAACACAGAUUUCAAAAUGUUAACACACAGGAAAAAAAGAUCCUAACAGGAUGCCUGUUGCAAUUGUGCAAAACGGUAAUAAUAUACAUUGUUAAACGGAUAACUCUCACUCAAUUAGAACUAAACUUUAACUGUAUUUUUUUUUUAAUUUAUUAAGGCUAUUUAUUAAUAGAUGUUCAUCCAAAUAAAAUUCCUGAUUCUAGAUUAAUUAUAUCUGCAUUUCCAUAUUCUUGAAUUUCAUCUAUAAACAAAUCAUAUCAAAUUAUAUUAUAGACGUUCCGUACGAAUAGUGAGCAAUUAUCAAAAUCAAACUAAACUGUAUUAAGCUGUUUCUUUUUCACAUAUAUGUACAUUGUGUGUUUUAGGCUGUUUUACACAUAAUAUCAAAUUAUAUUAUAGACAAGGGCGCAGGUUUGUAUAGGGAUGGUAGGGACAUAACACUACCAAUUUUUCAGGAUGCUCAAAUUGUCACCACCAACUCUUAAGCAACCCUAUUUGCAUUAUAGAAUGAGUUCAGCUAUAAAGUCAAUUUAGAUUGUCUUCCCAUGUGUUGUUAAGAUAGAAUUGACCCUACCAUUAUUAAAUGAAUUACUUUCCCCUUACUUACUUUACCCCUUUUCACUUGCUGAAUGUGCCCCCCCCCCCAAAUGCACGUUUGAUUGGCUGAUAACUAGAACCCCCACAUUCACACAAUCCCGACAGCAAUACAUGUCAAUAUGCCGCCUCCUCUGCCCCCUUUGAAGAGGAGGGAUAUUAGAAGGUUUUUUUUUUCGGCCAGCAACAUUAAGUAACUAAGUUACUAAGUAACGUAAGCCACUGUAAGAAAUGUAAAAAGACGUCAAUGUUGCGGAGGUGGGGUACACGCCACUAAUUUUGCAACUGAAAAUCUGACCUGCAUCAGAGUUAGCAUAACAUUAAACUGUGUGAACUUGCUAAAGCUGUUUAGAGAAGGGUUUCCUGUAUGUUUUCUACUGUUAAUGUGAAUUCAACUGUGCAAAUUGUCCAUUUAUUUAUAAUUAAAAUGUAUUUAUUUUCUACAUCAUUUAAAAAUAUAUAUAUUUUAGCAGUCUAUGCAUAUUUUAACCUCACCCCCCCAAAAACACAAAAGCACAACCACUCUAAAUUUCCUUUUAUAUGAAGCAAGCAUUUUGAAAAAUUACUUUCCUCCUAUGAAAAUAAUUUUAACAUUUUUCAUUUUUAUGUUGGAACCAGCUAUUUUGUACCCAAUCUGUUUGGUCUUAUUAAUGUCCUGUCCCCAGCAAAAGGUGUGCAUGCAGGUUAUGCUGUUAUAGCGUCCCUACCAAUGUUGUGACCAAACCUACGCCCUUGAUUAUAGAUGUUCCGUACGAAUAGUGAGCAAUUGUCAAAGUCAAACUAAAAUGUAUUAAGCGUUUCUCUUUUACAUACAGUAUAUGUAGAUUGUGUGUUUUAGGCUGUUUUGCUUGAAUGAUGUAUUUAGUUUUUGUCCAUCAAUUCAUCCUAUACAGUAUAUUCUUAUGUGCAUUUAAUUAGGUGUACGAUUUUGAACGAAUUACUUUUCAUUUCAUUUGUCAUGGCAACACUGAAGCAACACAUUGACAUGCACGUACUUGAAGUUUUAUUGUAGCUCAUUAUGUUAU